CAGAUGGAGAAAGUAUUUAAGAGGGAUUUCCUCCUCUGGGGCACCUCACCGUUGCCUUUCGACCGUCUCCUUCUGUCAGCCCUUCCCACGGAUCUUGAUCCAUCCCUCAAUCAGAAGCCACAAUGUCCAUGACUGAUGUGCUCGCAGCUGCCGACAUCUCAAAGGCAGUGGGGGCUUUUGAAGCUGCUGACUCUUUCAACCACAAAAAAUUCUUCGAGUUAUGCGGCUUGAAGAACAAAAGCACAGAUGACGUGAAAAAGGCUUUCCAUAUUCUGGACCAGGAUCGGAGUGGAUAUAUAGAGGAGGAUGAACUUAAGAUGGUAUUGAAAGGCUUCACCCCAAAUGGCCGAGCUCUGUCCGACAAGGAAACCAAAAUCCUACUAGCAGCCGGCGACAAAGAUGGAGACGGCAAAAUCGGAGUAGAUGAGUUCACAGCCCUGGUGGCUGAAUGCUAAUCCUAUCAAGCUGUACGUCCCACCUGUGCAUAGCGCCUCCCUCCUCGGACAAAAAUCUAUUUAUUGCUCCCAUUUUAUACUACGCCUCUGGUCCCUGCCUCCUGGAUCUCCGUGCUGGAAAUAAACAUAUCACAAUGCAAUAAAGGGCAAAAAGAACUGGGAACCAAACAA